AUGUCACAUCACGGAAAGCCUCCUCCGCCACAUUUGAACCCUGCUCGUCUCAAGACAGCUUUGAAAAUGGCGAUAUCCAAGCUGAAGUUCAUCCAGGAAAAGAAACUGGCUCUCACCAAGCAACAGCGUAGACAGUUAGCAGACUUGUUGAAGGUUGGAAAGGAACUGAGUGCCACAAUUAGAGUGGAGAACAUUAUCCGGGAUGAUAUUUAUAUUGAAUUGCUUGAGCUUAUCGAAUUGUAUUGUGAAUUGCUCUUGGCUAGAAUCUCCAUCAUCUUGGAUCCUGCUAGAACUACCUGCGAUGCCAGUCUUAUAGAAGCUGUACAAUCUCUUAUCUAUGCUGCGCCACAUACUGAACUCAACGAGUUGACUUCCAUUCGUGAGAUAUUGGUCUACAAAUACGGACCUGAUUUCGGACGUGCAGCAAAAGAGAACACCGACAAUUUUGUCCCAGCCAAGAUCGUCACCAGAUGUCAAGUUGAGCCCCCACCAGAGAAGUUGGUCACUUUGUACUUGUGUGAAAUAGCGAAAGCAUACGAAGCUCCGUAUUCGAAGUUGCAGGAAUAUUUGGACGAACUAGCCGUCGAAGAAAAGGAUGAUAAAGAUGAUGAUGAUAAUGAUGAAGGAGGUAGUGGUGGAAUCAAGGUCCCUAAUGAGCCUAUAGCCGAAACUACCGAUGAACCAGGAAUCACAAAGCCAGCUGGUGCCAAACCUGUUUCUGCCGCAAAGAAGCAGCAAAGUGAGUUCGAUGAUCUCAAGGCUCGUUUUGCUGCCUUGAAAGGCGUAGGUCCAUAG